UUAUCUUUGACAAGCACUUUGGCACCAUACAUCGCACCAUUUAUACGUUACGUUUGACAAGUGAUUUGUCCACACUGCCAAUAUCCACUAGCAAGGAUCUCAUUCAGAAAAAUCUCAGCUACAUACACUAAAGAGGAGCUUUCAGAUUUAAGUUGGAAACUAAAACAAACUAAUUUAGAAUUCAACGCUAACAUGCCUAUAUAAACACCAAAAACAAUCCUGAAUAGCACACCACAACACAUCUUUCAAACAUUUCACUGACCAGCCUAAAAGUAGUUAUUCCAAUUGUCUGUCACACUACAGGAGCCACCAUGGUUGCAAAAAAUCAGUUCUAUCAUAUUUCACUAGCAUUGCUUUUCUGCAUGGGAUUCUUGGCUUUUCAAGUCUCAUGUCGCAGCCUCCAAGAUGCCACCAUGUAUGAGAGGCAUGAGGAAUGGAUGGCUCGUUAUGGCAAAUGGUACAAGGACCCUCAAGAAAGGGAAAAGCGUUUCAGGAUAUUCAAGGAAAAUGUGAAUUACAUUGAAGCCUUCAACAGUGCUGCCAAUAAACCUUAUAAGUUAGCCAUCAAUCAAUUUGCAGACCUCACCAACGAGGAGUUCAUAGCUUCAAGAAAUAGAUUCAAGGGGCACAUGUGUUCCUCAAUCAUAAGGUCAACCACUUUUAAGUAUGAAAAUGUGACUGCAGUACCAUCCACUGUAGACUGGAGGCAAAAGGGUGCAGUGACACCCGUCAAGGACCAAGGCCAGUGUGGAUGCUGCUGGGCUUUUUCUGCUGUUGCAUCAACUGAAGGAAUUCACAAACUGAGUACUGGAAAAUUGAUCUCUUUGUCAGAACAAGAACUUGUUGAUUGUGACAUAAAAGGGGUGGACCAAGGUUGUGCGGGUGGUCUUAUGGAUGAUGCUUUCAAAUUCAUCAUUAAAAAUAAUGGACUCAACACCGAAGCCAAUUACCCCUAUAAGGGUGUUGAUGGAAAAUGCAAUGCAAAUGCAGCAGCCAAUGCUGCUAGCAUUACUGGGUACGAGGAUGUCCCUGCAAACAGUGAGAAGGCACUGCAAAAGGCUGUGGCCAAUCAACCAGUUUCUGUUGCCAUUGAUGCCAGUGGCUCUGACUUUCAGUUUUACAAGAGUGGUGUCUUCACCGGUUCAUGUGGAACUGAGUUGGACCACGGUGUGACUGCUGUGGGAUAUGGUGUCAGCGAUGAUGGAAGUGAGUAUUGGUUGGUUAAGAACUCAUGGGGAACAGAGUGGGGUGAAGAAGGUUACAUUAGGAUGCAAAGAGGUGUGGCUGCUCAAGAAGGACUCUGUGGCAUAGCUAUGAUGGCAUCUUACCCUACUGCAUAAUUAUCAAAUUUGUACACUACUAUUUGUAUUUCUAAACUGUGUUAUGUUGUGUAUAACGUGUAUUUCUCAUGAAUCAUUGUAUUUGGAAAUAUUAUUAAUGAUGAAAUGAAAAAUUUGUCUUGUGACUAAACAUGUUCUGAUGGUUCAUAGUUUAUAUUUUGCAAUUGAUCAGCUCCUACUGUAUCCCAAGUUAUGGGUCCACUACAACCUUCGUCUGUUCUUGGAACUCCAGUUACCAACAUGUCUUUUGACGUCUUGGAACCAUAUCGCUGAGCCACCAGCAAAUGUGCCAAAUGUUUUGUUUUACAUUUUUCUUUUUGUUAUUAAAAUAUGUAAUCAUUAUUGAGGAAGGCUCUAUUUUCAUAGGAAGUUCUUGGGUUUGUUAGACGACAUGGGAUUGACCGGAGCGACACACACUGUUCCUCUUAACUGUUGCUAUAGCAGUGGCCAAGGCAAGCCAAAUAAAGAUUGGAAUACUCCUUUUUUAAUUUGAACUUGAUUCUCUUGAAGUUAACAUAAUGGCUUAAUCACGAGAUAUUUGACACGAACUUUUUGUAAAACUUAAAGAAUGAAGUUUUGGAUAAUGGGGGCACAGGCACUUCUUCAGUUUUGAUUGAACUAAAACUUUACACUUUGUCGAAUUGACGACAAUGAAAUUCAUGUGAUAAUGAGAAAGAAGUAUGACAAACAUGCAUGAGACACUUUGAUAUUUUAUUUUAAUUUACCAUUGUUAAAAGACGGUGACAAUCGUUUCCUUAAUAUGUGCAACAUACUACGUAC